UGCUCUGCCUGGCACUCGCUCAUCAUCGCGCUCUGACAUCCACACAUCCGCCUGUGGAUCGCGGAAGCAGAAGGCGCUGGACAUAAGCGAUAAUACAGCGUUUUAAUAUAGUUUUAAGUGGAUUAGUCUCAGAUUUAUUCAUCUUAAUGCGCAUUAAAGACUUCUGAAUGACUCUAUAGCGGCAGAAGACGCUGUUUUUAGGAUUAAAAGCAUGCAGUGCGCAGCCUCCUCUCCUCAGGACCCCACACAGGCGAGCGGUGACCGGGCCGAACUGACCAAGCUGCCCGCUAAAGACGCGUCCUCCAUAGACAGCAGCCCCAGAGCGCUGACCUUUGACCUGCUGAACAUGGGGAUCUGCUUCAAGCGGAUGGCCAUCUUCCUGGAGCCGGUCACAGACUCGCUGGAGGUGCUGCGGUCCCUGCUCGGGUGGAGGAUGCCGCUGUGCUCCCUGCUGAGCUGCGUUCUGCUCAACAUCCUCUUCCUCACUCUGAGUGAAGGCGCGUGGCUCUCUCUGCUGCUGCUGGCCAUCUCUGCUCCGGCUGUGCUGGGGUACCUCGGCAACCGUUGCCAGGGCACGAGCUGCGAGGUGGCGGUUCAGAAGAAGAAGCACUAUGCGGUGCAGCGGCGAGACCUGCAGAUGGUCCACAUGAGCAAACAGGAGGCCAUGCUGGAGGUCAAGGGCAUGCUGAAACGAGCAGAUGAGCUGCUGACCCAGGCGUGUGUGUGUGCAGAGUCUGUGUAUAAAGUGUUGUACUGGGAGAGCCACGCCGUCUCCUCCAUGUUUUACGGUUCUCUCCUGACGGUGGUUUGUCUGCUGUAUAUGACUCCGGUGGGUUUGAGUCUGUCUGUGCUCAACAGCGCCCUCUUUCUGUGGAACAGAAACUUCUGCAGAGCUCUUUUGGAGCUGAAGGAGUUCGUUACCCCAAGUCGAGUCCAGCCUGCGGAGGAAACUGAACCAUGUGACCCAGAUCAGUCAAACCUGCUGGAACGCACACCCACUCCAACCAGUGUGGAGGAUCUGUCACCCGGCAACAUUGAAGAGGCAGAGGAGGCAGAGCCUGACGAUGAGUUUAAAGAUGCCAUAGAGGAAUCUCAGCUUGUUCCGUCGGAAACUCCUCUGGCGUUAGUGGUGUGGCCUGUAGCCUAUUUUCGACCAAAGAUUGCGAGGAGAUGGAGAGCCCUUAAGGAUGACGAGGACGUGUCGUCUGGUGUUCCUGAGUUUGACACGGUGUCUGAUAACGGGCUGCUGAGCAGAAACGAGCCCAUCCGCAGUAAAGUGUCCAAACUCACUGAAAAACUUCGCAAGCGUGUCCCUUCCAACACCAUCGGGAACUGUUCCCAGUGCAAUUCAGCGUUUUCUGUUUUAAAGAAAAGGAGAAACUGCAGUAACUGUGGUGUCAGUUUUUGUUCCCGCUGUUGCUCAUAUAAAGUGUUCAAAUCCAUCAUGGGAGCCACAGCUCCUGAAGCCCAAAGAGAGACUGUAUUUGUUUGUUCUGUGUGUAAUACUUUCCUCACCACCAAGUAGGAUUGACGAAAUAAUCUUUCACCAUUGCAAUGCUUU